AUGGAGUGGAAAAUACUUCCCAUUUACUCGUUGCUGCUGUUUUCUGUUUUCUCAAUUCAGCAAGUUUCUUCUCAAGAUGUAGCAAGCUGUGCGGGGAGAUGUGGGGAAGGGUAUUCUAGAGAUGCCAUCUGCAACUGUGACUAUAACUGUCAACACUACAUGGAGUGCUGCCCUGACUUCAAGAAGGUCUGCACCGUGGAGCUUUCCUGUAAAGGCCGCUGCUUCGAAUCCUUUGCAAGAGGGAGGGAGUGUGACUGCGACUCAGACUGUAAGAAGUACGGCAAGUGCUGUUCCGAUUACAGCACUUUCUGCGAAGAAGUGCAUAACCCCACAACACCUCCACCUCCAAAGACUGCACCUCCACCUUCAGGAGCAUCUCAGACCAUCAAAUCAACAACCAAACGUUCACCCAAAUCACCAAACAAGAAGAAGACUAAGAAAGUUAUAGAAUCAGAGGAAAUAACAGAAGAACAUUCUGUUUCUGAAAAUCAAGAGUCUUCCUCCUCCUCUUCCUCUUCCUCUUCAACUAUUCGGAAAAUCAAGUCUUCCAAAAAUUCAGCUGCUAAUAGAGAAUUAAAGAAGAAACCCAAAGUAAAAGAUAACAAGAAGAAAAGAACUCCUAAAAAGAAACCUACCCCAGAACCACCAGUUAUAGAUGAAGGUGGAAGUGGACUGGAUAAUGGUGAUUUCAAGCUCACCCCAACUCCUAACAUUCCCACCACUCAACGUAAUAAAGUUACCACAACUCCCAAGAUUACAACAGUAAAACCAACACUUCCUAAGCCCAGUCUUCCACCUAAAUCUGACACAACUAAAGAGACACCUUCGACAGUCCACACAGAGACAACAGUUGAAACUAAAGAGACUUCUACAACAAAUAAGCAGACUUCCACUAGCGCAAAAGAGAAGACUACUUCAGCUAAAGAGACACGAACUGCAGAGAAUACAUCUACUAAAGGUCUUGCACCCACACCUGAAGUUCCUGCUACAUCUACACCCAAAGCUGAAACUAUAACCAAAUCCCCUACACCCACCACCCCGAAGGAGUCUGCACCCACCACCCCCAAGGAGCCUGCUCCCACCACCCCCAAGGAGCCUGCUCCCACCACCCCCAAGGAGCCGGCACCCACCACCCCCAAGGAGCCUGCUCCCACCACCACCCCCAAAGAACCUGCACCCACCACCCCUAAGGAGCCUGCUCCCACCACUCCCAAGGAGCCUGCACCCACCACCCCCAAGGAGCCUGCUCCCACCACCCCCAAGGAGCCUGCACCCACCACCCCAAAGGAGCCUGCUCCCACCACCCCCGAGGAGCCUGCACCCACCACCCCCAAGGAGCCUGCACCCACCACCCCCGAGGAGCCGGCACCCACCACCCCCGAGGAGCCGGCUCCCACCACCACCCCAAAGGAGCCUGCACCCACCACUCCCAAGGAGCCUGCACCCACCACCCCCAAGGAGCCUGCUCCCACCACCCCCAAGGAGCCUGCACCCACCACCCCCGAGGAGCCUGCUCCCACCACCCCAAAGGAGCCUGCUCCCACCACCCCCGAGGAGCCUGCUCCCACCACCCCCGAGGAGCCUGCACCUACCACCCCCGAGGAGCCUGCACCCACCACCCCCGAGGAGCCUGCUCCCACCACCCCAAAGGAGCCUGCUCCCACCACCCCCAAGGAGCCGGCACCCACCACCCCCAAGGAGCCUGCACCCACCACCCCCGAGGAGCCUGCACCCACCCCCCACAAGGAGCCUGUUCCCACCACCAAGGAGCCUGUUCCCGCCACCCCCAAGGAGCCUGCUCCCACCACCCCUAAAGAGCCUGCACCUACUCCCAAGGAGCCCGCUCCCACCACCCCGAAGGAGCCUGCUCCCACCACCCCGAAGGAGCCCGCUCCCACCACCAAGGAGCCCGCUCCCACCACCCCCAAGGAGCCUGCACCCACCACCCCCAAGGAGCCUGCUCCCACCACCCCCAAGGAGCCUGCACCCACCACCCCCAAGGAGCCGGCACCCACCACCCCCAAGGAGCCUGCUCCCACCACCCCCAAGGAGCCUGCACCCACCACCCCCAAGGAGCCUGCAUCCACCACCCCCAAGGAGCCUGCUCCCACCACCCCCAAGGAGCCUGCACCCACCACCCCCAAGGAGCCUGCUCCCACCACCCCGAAGGAGCCUACAUCUCCUCCAAGUUCUCCUGAUAUACCUGCUCCAACCACCUCAGAGACCUCUACUUCAACUACCACAGUGGAGCCUCCCACUACUCCAAAGAGCCCUGCUGAAUCAACUCCUCAACCUCCUAUAGAACCCACACCAAAGGCUCUUGAAAACAGUCCCAAGGAGCCUGCAGUACCCACAAUCAAGGCUCCUAAAGUGAACAAACCUGAAAUGACUACAACAGUUAAAGACAAGUCCACAGAAAAAGACAUACAUUCUACACCUGAAAUUACAACAGCUGUAGCUAAGAUUAUAACAGAGGCAGCAACUAAAACAGAAAAGACUACUGAAUCCAAAAUACUAAGUACAACCACAGAUGCAACAUCUACCACAACCAAAGAUACCACAACAUCAUCCAAAAUUACUCCUAAAGCAACUCUUGCACCUAAAGUAAUGACUACAACAAAGAAGACGACCAAGAAGACUACGAGCAAACCUGAACAGACCACAGCUGUACCAAAAGGCACAGCUACUAAUUCUCAAGUGACAACUCCUAAACCUCAGAAACCAACCAAAGCACCCAAAAAGCCCACUUCAACCAAAAAGCCAAGAACACCUAGAGUGAGAAAACCAAAGACUACACCAACUCCCCCAAAGAUGACGACAUCAGCAGUGCCUGAACCGACUCCUACCUCUUUACCAGAAGCCAUGCUCCAAACCACCACCAGCCCUACCCCAACCCCCAACUCAGAAAUAAUUGAGGUAAACCCAAAGAAUGAGGAUGGAGAUGCUGCUGAAGGAGAAAAACCUCAUGUGAUUUUCAGGCCCCCUGUGCUAACUCCUAUAGUUAUUCCAGGCACUGAAAUCAUAGUGAGAGGACCCAGUCAAGGCUUCGGCAUCAGCCCCAUGUUUUCAGAUGAAACUAAUUUAUGCAAUGGUAGGCCAGUAGAUGGACUGACUACUUUGCGUAACGGGACAUUAGUUGCAUUUCGAGGUCAUUAUUUCUGGAUGCUAACUCCAUUCAGUCCACCAUCUCCACCUCGGAGAAUUACUGAAGUUUGGGGCAUUCCCUCCCCCAUUGAUACUGUUUUUACGAGAUGCAACUGUGAAGGAAAGACUUUCUUCUUUAAGGGUUCUCAGUACUGGCGUUUCACCAAUGACAAAAAAGAUGCAGGAUAUCCCAAACUAAUUUCCAAAGGAUUUGGAGGACUAAGUGGAAAAAUAGUGGCAGCUCUCUCAAUAGCUCAAUACAAGAACAGACCUGAAUCUGUGUAUUUUUUCAAGAGAGGUGGCAGUGUUCAGCAGUACACUUACAAACAGGAACCCACCCAAAAGUGUACUGGAAGAAGGCCUGCUAUAAACUAUUCUGUGUAUGGAGAAACAGCACAGGUUAGGAGACGUCGAUUUGAACGUGCUAUAGGACCUUCUCAAAUACACACCAUCAGAAUUCACUACUCACCCAUCAGAGUCCCUUAUCAAGACAAAGGUUUCCUCCAUAAUGAAGUUAAAGUGAGUACACUGUGGACAGGACUUCCAAAUGUGGUUACUUCAGCAAUAUCACUGCCCAACAUCAGAAAACCUGAUGGCUAUGAUUACUAUGCCUUUUCUAAAGAUCAAUACUAUAACAUCGACGUGCCAAGGAGGACAGCAAGAGCCAUUACUACUCGUUCUGGGCAGACUUUAUCCAAUAUCUGGUACAACUGUCCUUAG